ACCUCUCUUCUCUAUAAGCAAUGCCUAAAGCUGUAAUGAAUCGCUUGUUUUAUCCAAAUAUCUUCUCCUUCAUCACCUUGGUUCUGUUAACAAACUCUCUUCUCCUCUCUACUUGUUUUUCUCUUGAUGAACGAGGCCAAGCUCUUUUAACAUGGAAGAACAGUUUAAGCACCUCCACUGAUGCAUUGAAAAAUUGGAAUUUUGCAGACUCCAGUCCAUGCAAACGGUUUGGGAUCUACUGCAACUCAAAGGGAGAAGUGGUGAAUAUAAGCCUAAGAGUAGAAUUGGAAGGUUCAUUGCCUUCAAAUUUUCAAUCUCUCAAGUCCUUGAAGAUUCUUACUAUAUCAUCUUGCAAUCUCACGGGCACAAUACCAAAAGAAAUUGGAGAAUAUCACGAGCUCACUUUCAUUGAUCUCAGUGACAAUUCUCUUUCAGGUGAAAUCUCAAAGGAAAUAUGUUGGCUAAAUAGAUUGCAAGGUUUAUAUCUCAACAGGAACUUUCUUAAAGGCAAAAUUCCUUCUAGCAUUGGAGACUUGUCAAGUCUUUCAUCUGAUACUCUCUACGAUAAUCAACUCAGUGGGAAAAUUCCAAAAAGUAUUGGAGAAUUGAGCAAGCUACAGAUAUUUCGAGCUGGUGGGACUUAUCUAGCGGGUGAACUACCAAUGGAGAUAGGAAACUGCACCAACUUAAUAUUUUUAGGCUUUGCUGAAACCAACAUUUCUGGAAGUAUUCCUUCAUCAAUUGGAAUGCUCAAAAGAAUUCAACACUUAUUCCUUUAUGAAACACAACUCACACAACUGUCGGGUCAUAUCCCAGAAGAGAUCGGAAACUGCAGCGAGUUGCAGAAGCUGUACUUGUUUAGUACUUCAAUCUCUGGCCCAAUCCCAAGUCGAAUUGGAAGCUGCAAAGAGCUGAUAAAUCUUACUAUAUCAUCUUGCAAUCUCACGGGCACAAUACCAAAAGAAAUUGGAGAAUAUCACGAGCUCACUUUCAUUGAUCUUAGUGACAAUUCUCUUUCAGGUGAAAUCCCAAAGGAAAUAUGUUGGCUAAAUAGAUUGCAAAGUUUAUAUCUCAACAUGAACUUUCUUAAAGGCGAAAUUCCUUCUGGCAUUGGAGACUUGUCAAGUCUUUCAAUUCUGAUACUCUACAAUAAUCAACUCAGUGGGAAAAUUCCAAAAACUAUUGGAGAAUUGAGCAAGCUACAGAUAUUUCGAGCUGGUGGGACUUAUCUAACGGGUGAACUACCAAUGGAGAUAGGAAACUGCACCAACUUAAUAUUUUUAGGCUUUGUUGAAACACAAUUGUCAAGUCAUAUCCCAGAAGAGAUUGGAAACUGCUGCGAGUUGCAGAUCCUGUACUUGGAUAGGACUUUAAUCUCUGGCCCAAUCCCGAGCCGAAUUGGAAUGCUCAAAAGAAUUCAACAAUUAUCCCUUUAUAGAACACAACUGUCAGGCCAUAUCCCAGGAGCGAUUGGAAACUGCAGUGAGUUGCAAAUCUUGUACUUGUAUAAGACUUUAAUCUCUGGCCCAAUCCCAAGUCGAAUUGGAAGCUGCAAAGAGCUGAUAGUUAUUGAUCUCUCAAUGAAUCUUCUAACUGGCAGCAUACCGAGAAGCUUUGGGAACUGCACAGAGCUGAAAUACUUUGAUGUCAUGAAUAAUUUUUUAACUGGUAGCAUACCGAGAAGUUUCAGAAAACUUGUGAAGCUUCAGAGUCUAAUAUUACGGAACAACAGUUUAGUGGGUGCAAUUCCUGAUUAUUUUGGAAACUACACAGAGUUGAAAUACUUGGAUAUCGCAAGGAAUCUUAUAACUGGCAGCAUACCGAGAAGUUUUGGAAAACUUGUGAAGCUUCAAUUCCUUCACUUAAGUUUCAAUCAGUUGUCAGGUCAUAUCCCAGAAAAUAUUGGAAACUGUAGCCAGUUGCAGAUCAUGUACUUGUAUUACACUUCAAUCUCUGGCACAAUCCCAAGUCGAAUUGGAAGCUGUAAAGAGCUGAUAGAAAUUGAUUUCUCAGAUAAUCUUCUAAAUGGCAGCAUACCGAGAAGCUUUGCAAAACUUAUGAAGCUUCAAUUUGUGAACUUACGGGGUAACGGCUUUGAGGGUACAAUUCCUGAGGAUUUCGGGAACUGCACAGAGCUGAAAUACUUUGAUGUCAUGAAUAAUUUUUUAACUGGUAGCAUACCGAGAAGUUUCAGAAAACUUGUGAAGCUUCAGAGUCUAAUAUUACGGAACAACAGUUUAGUGGGUGCAAUUCCUGAUUAUUUUGGAAACUACACAGAGUUGAAAUACUUGGAUAUCGCAAGGAAUCUUAUAACUGGCAGCAUACCGAGAAGUUUUGGAAAACUUGUGAAGCUUCAAUUCCUUCACUUAAGUUUCAAUCAGUUGUCAGGUAUAAUACCUGUUGAAAUUGUAAACUGCACAAAGUUGACCAAUCUAACCUUAGGCUACAAUAAAUUUUCAGGUCAGAUUCCUGUUGGUCCAUUGGCAAUCUAA